GUUCAUUCAGAUCCAGCCAAGAGAGAUGUUGGGCAUUGGCCUGAGGUGGCACAGUCCUAUAGCAGUCCUGGCUGCUCUUGGUGAGAGGCAAUUCUAGCAAUUUUGACAGGCUGUGACUGUUGUCCUGGUGACUGGUGUAGUUGCACUAUCAGCAUGUACAGAAGGCAGAGAAAGAGAUGCCUCAAUGUGUGGGUGUAGCUGUGCAUGCACGUGACAUGCCAGGAAGUCACUGGGAUACGUGCAGGAUAACCUGCUGUUGCCUGCCCUGCAUGGAAGAUGUAGUUUGUGUAACUCCAUCUGCAGUGUGUACCUGAUGCUCUGUGGCAGCAUGGUCUUGCUGGAGGAAGAAAUGUUAUUUGGAGUUUGGAAGGAGAAGAUUGUCCCCAUGCUUUCAUCCUCUCAGCAGCAAAUUCCGAUGUUCCUUGCUCAGCUUUGAAACCAAGAACCAGAGUUGUUUCCCAGCUGUGCAGAAGCUCUGGGCUGAUGGUAAUGUUCUGGGGAGGUGGGCAAGGAGGAUUCUAUGUGGAACUUCCCUCUUGCUGAGGUGACUCACCCUAGCAAGCAACUCUUGCCCAUUCCAUUGUGUGAUCUGCAGCCCAUCACAGCCGUGACUCAUGAGCCAUACAGCUGACCCUGCUGUCCCAGAUCACAUACAUCUGUUUUUUUCCUAGGAAACCAUCUGCAGAUUAAUUGAGCAAGGAAAAUUUCUGGAAGCUUGUAAUCAAAUUUAUAAUCUGGAUCAUUCUGGAAAUGAUGGUGUGGGAAAGUCUGAAUCACUUUAUGCACUGCUGGCUGAACGAAUGUGGACUGUAGUGGGAGAAGUGCUCAGUGGAAGUGAUAGGAUGCUCCUGGAGCCAUUGCAGUCAGUGGGGGAAUCACUGAAGUGGGAGAAGCAGAAGGAAGCAGAGUGGCUUGGCAACAGCCGAGAGAUGGAGUCUGUUUCCACCUGGAGUCCAAACUUCUGGAGAAAAGAUCUGGAGGAAAAACUAACGCAGUACAUGGCAGCCCAGAUUCCCCUGUUUAGUUCUUCUACUAACACAGAUGAGACUGCACUAAAACAGCACCUGAGUCAUCUGGAAACAACAUUUCUCCCCAGCCUGGAGCACAGGAGUGAUGUCUUCAAGGAAGCAGGGCUGCUCGUCACCUAUGCCCGCUGCUGUCAUGCCUGUUUGUGUUCUCACCUUGCCACACUUACUGACAGUAACUGUCUCAGCUUCAGCCAAUGUCUUUUAAUUUAUGAAUGGAGCAUUAAAAUGUACAAAAGUGGCAGCCAGGCGUGUGAGAGACCCGGGCACAUCCCCCAGCACAGCCUUUCCCUUGGUGCGCAGUGCCUCAUGUGGAUUAUUUUGAAGACUGAGGAAAAGUUACUUGCAAUCGCACUGAAGGAAGUAGGGAAAGCCCUGAAAGAAGCCUUUGAUAUUGGGAAACCCCCUUGUGCGGAUGCUGCAGUCAUUGAGAUACUAACAGAGAAGACAGAGACUGCCAGGCAAGUCAGUGAGAGCCUGAGCGAGAAGGUGGAAGCUGAGUGCCUGGAGGAGUGCCUGAGAUUCCUGGAGAGCUAUGAAGAUGAAGUAAGAAGCUUUCUCCAGCUUGAUGGCUGCCCGCAGAUCUGCACCAGCUUACGAGUCCUGGAGAAUUGCUGCCUUCUCAGAACUGUCUGGCAUAAGCUAACAUACAUUUGCAGUGUCAGCACUGGCCAGAAUGUUAAGGUAAAUGCAUUUCUAGACAGGAUGGAAGAUGAUAUUAUGGAGCAUUUUCUGCAGACCAUCACUUCUAAAGUCAAGGGAACACUGACGGACCACUUCAAAAAGUGUGACACUGGUUUUGACCACAUCCUUGAAUCCUUAAAGCAAAGCUUUUUGACCUUUGGGAAGAAAAAACCAGAUAUGUAUGAGGCCCUCGUCAAGGCUGUCAAUGCCAUCAUUAUUACAGAAUACAUGCAGGCCCUCCUGACCACUCCCAGGAAACCAUCUUCUAUGCAGAGGAGGAGGAUUGUCAACAAGAUAGAAGAAGAUCAUAGGAUGAUGCAAACCAUCUUUAAAGAGUGCUUAGGUCCUGCAGCUGGUUCUCUCAAGGAUCCCAUAAAAGCAAUUUUAGAACUUCUUCAAACUUCUGAUCCUGAGGGGAUGAAAAUAGCACUUCUGCCCAUUCUAAAAGAAUUUCCUGACCUCGGGAAGGAACACCUGAGUGCAGUGCUGGACAUCAAAGACUCACUCAGCCGAAAAGACAGAGCUGCUCUCUUGAAGGCAUUUCACGAUAAUUACAGGGAAUCGGAAACAGAAGCAAACUUGCUUUUUGCAGAUAUAGAAACAAAACCUAGAAAAUAUGGACUCUGUGGCUGCCUCUGCUGCUAGCAAUGGCCUGCUGGGAGAAACAUGAGGCCUUGGUCCGCUGUGCCAGAAUACGCAAUCACAGCUCCUUGAAAGCUUCACACACAGCUGGAUGCAUGCAGAAGCCCGUCAGCCAUGGAAGACAAUUCCUGCACAUUUGCAGGAAAACCAUGUGGCACAAAUCCUAUUCUUAUAUGUAAAUUCCAGGAGAAGGAUGAAUGGGAUAUGGCAGAAAGACAUUUCUUCAAAAUUUCUUAAAGAUUGCCACUCAGCUGAGUCCUAGUGGUUAUUCCCAGGUUGUGGCAUGGUGGCAAGUGUGGAGGAGGAAGAAGGUUUCCCCUCACCAAAUUCCUCUCUGUUUCCAUCCCUCGUUCCAUGAAAUCUCUAAUGAAACCAUGGACUGCUGCACCACAUGGUGUCCCAGCAUUGCAACCUCCUGAGGGAUCCAAGACCUCUGUUAGGGAAUCUUGCCUGGCGCAUUGUGCUGGAAAUUCCUGCAGGUCCGGGCACCUUGGUCUACCCCCCAAAGCCUGAUCUGCACAAGGAGGGUGCAGAGAUGCCUCUUCUCUCUCUCAUGAAGGCUGUGACCUGCUUUGUGGGCAGCCUGCCAUGGUGAGGUGUGGGAUGGGAAACUCCUCCUGUAUGAGUUUUACAGCUGGCUCUGGAGCAUAGUCUUGCAUUAAUUUUUAUACCUCAGUUUCUGGAAAUUUCCUCUUGGAGAGGGAGGGGAAAGCCUCAUGGGAAGCAGGCAGUAAAAGGAGCUGUUUGUCCCAGCCUCUGGGCAAGGUCUCUGCUAGUUUUCAGAUGUAAAUAGGCAGUUCCAAAGGGAAAACACUGACUUUUCUUCCUGGUUAUCUAUGGACUGGUCACAGUCCCUGAGCUGGGUGUAGUUCAAGGCCCUCCUUCACUGUUGUGUGAAUAUAGGCCAUGACUGCUCCUCUCUGACACCAUUAGCAAGCAAACAAACUCUACCUCAGAUGUGCCAGUGCUUUUCUGAGCAGCCAUUCUCCCUCAAGUCUGCUUCCCUAACAAGAAAAGGGAAAAUUUGUGCAUAAAAUGUCUAUGCGUGAUGUGUCAUACCCUGGGAAAUGCAGACCCAGCUGGGUGCUGCCACAUUCUGCAGUGCUGUGCCAUCACCCCAGGGAACAGGUGUCCCAUCCUAGAGCUCUGCAUGCAGACAGGGUUCUGUGAGCUGGACAGGAGCCAGGGCAGGUUUGUAAUUGUCAUUAGCUUUGCUCCUGGCGCAGUGCUGAGUGUGGGGUGAGUGUCAGAGGAGCAGGAAGAAACAGGUUGCUCCACCUCCAGGGAGUCCUCUGUGUACUUUCAGGGCACCAGGAGACCUUGGCACUGUUACACUUCGUCCUUCACAUCACUGAAGGGCAGUGAGAGGAGCCUGUGGCCUGCCUGCUCCUCCUGACUGCACAGCUGCUCCAAAAGCCAGCGCUGGUGUUCCUCACAUUUUAUAGCUAUCCAUUGUGGCUUCAGUGAGACCUUCCCUGGGAUGUGGGAAGGCUGGGGAAUCUGGGGGAGCUGCAGCCUGGCUGGGUGGGCAUGGGUUGGGAUGCAGAGCUGGAUGAGCACCUGCCUUCUGAAGGUUGCCAGCCCUGCCAGGCACUCUGGGCCAGUCACCCUCCCCUCCUGCCAAACUGCACAUUUCUUUAAGGGUGGGAAGGGAUGAGAGACCUGGAUGGCAGGCCCUAUUGUGACAGCAGGGUCAGCGUCAGCCUCUGCCAAUAGGGAUUUCAAGCAACAAGCCUUCCAGAGAAAAUAAAUAGAACCCUCUCUGACAUUUCGAUCACUGUCGGGCUAAAAAUAAUCCUUCCGCAUGCGGACAGCUCUGGCCACACACACGGCAGUGUCUGUGUGUGUCUGUGCCGUUUGACAUCCGCAGCCAGACAAGGGUGUGUUCUGCUUGGAAUCAGCAGCUGGGAGCCCCGAGGGAUGCCAGGCUUGCCAUUGCUGUGUGCGCAUCAAUGAGGUUUUGUAGCAGCAAGUUUCUGCACUCUGUGUGAAGCAUCCAGUCAUGGAGAGACCAAAUAAAGACUUGAGUUUGUCCAUGAA